CGCGGAUUGCAGUCGCUGGAAAAUAGAAUCGAAGAUGUCUGGCCAUAUCCCUGGAUUAGUCAAACAUGGGCCUUUGGAGAUGAUGAUUCGGAAUAAAUUUAGCUCUAAAUGGAAAACCCAUUACUUUAAAGUCACGCUCGAUGGAAAUAUAUUGUGCUAUGAAGAUGAGCAAAUGACAUCAUUAAAAGAAGAAAUGAAGAAAAGUGACAUUAAAAAAGUGCAGAUGUUUGACCGGAAGGAUUCUUCCAAUCAAUUUGAAGUGUCAUUUUAUGACAAAAGAGAAACCUGGAGAUUAAAAGCAUCUGGAGAAAGAGAAAAAACAGACUGGGUUAAUGCCUUCACUAAUAAUUAUCAGCCAGUCCAGCAUGAUCAAAAUUAUCAACACCUACCAUACCACGAGCACUAUUAUCAUACACAGGCACAAAAUCCUCGCCCAUUUCUUGGUCAACAUAUGCAAAUGGGAUGGCAAAAUUACUAUCCACCUCAACAGCUGCAAUUACCCCCUUCCUCUCGUGUACCUCCACCAUAUCCAACCUCAGCAAGCAUUCGAGAGGGAAAGGUUCUCAAUAUGCCUCAACCAAUACAUCCUCAACCUCAACAGAUUAGCCCUCAGCCAGGAUUGCAAGCUUCAAGGUUUUUCAAUUAUCCACUACCACAGCCUCCUCCUGCUCCAGUACCAGCUGCAGCACUAGCUAGGCCAACUGGUAUAACUACCACAGAUGAUGAAGAGUAUAUUGUGAUGAGAAAUUCACCUGUGCAGCAUCAAUAUGAUUACAUGAAUCCUGGCACUGAUGUACAGCCAUCACAGCAGCAGCCAAAUGUUCAAAAUGUUCCACAGCAAAAUGACCAUCGUGUGUUCAGGUCGUCAUCUGUCAUCAGUGAUACUGGCUCAGAGAUGUCCAAUUCAGAUAUAAAAGAGCAAAUGCCAAGUAAUCAAAAGAAUGUGGCGCCUGUUAAUAUAGAUAUGAGCCACGAAAUCUUGAUUCAUUUAUUAUCAAAUGCAGAAAAAGUAGGAAAAGGUAAUUUUGGAGAAGUGUACAAAGCUGAUUAUAAACUGAGAGAGGAUGCUCCUCCAAUUAAAGUUGCUGUUAAGAAGUUAAAUGGAGCAAAAGAGUCAACGAAGGAAGACAUGAUGAAAGAGUUUGCUGUCAUGGCGUCAAUGGUGCAUCCAAACAUUGUAAGAGUCUAUGGAGUCAUAAUGAACAUGCCAGCUAAUCCAAAGAUUGUUCUGGAAUACCUGCCUCAUGGAGAUCUUAAGUCAUACCUUAAAAAUUCUUCAAAAAAACCAGUGGAUACAUUGGUCAAGUAUAUGAUUGAUGUUUCUAUGGGAAUGCACUAUAUUGCACAGAAAGGACUCAUCCAUAGGGAUUUAGCAGCUCGUAAUGUCUUAGUUGGAGAAGGAGAAAUAUGUAAAGUAUCAGACUUUGGCUUGAUAAGAGAAUUGCCAGCAAACAUGUCCUCCUAUCAUAGCUCUACUCCAGUGCCUCUUCCAAUUAGAUGGAUGUCUCCAGAGGCAUUGUCGAAUAAAUGUUUCUCAGAAGCAUCUGAUGUAUGGUCAUAUGGUGUACUGCAGUGGGAAAUGUUUAAUCCUAAUGAACUCCCAUAUGAUUCCCUCGACAAUUUUCAGGUUGUACUAAAAAUAAAGGAAGGAUACCAACUUACAAUACCUAAUGAAUGUCCACAAACAGUAGCUAACAUUAUGAAAGCAUGCUGGCAAACCGAACCACAAUUAAGACCAAAUUUUCACCAGAUUACGACUAUUCUUACAACAAAGAUUUAACUAAAACUUCCUACUCUCUGCUACUUUGAUACGAUAUAUUUAGCAUUUUAGAUCACUUGUAUUAUAGUUGUAUAUAUUGUAUAGAUUUUUCAGUAUUUAGCUUUAAUUUGUAAGGUGUUUUUCAAAAAUAUUGUUUGGCUGUGCCAGGAGAGAUGGGGGCAAUGUAAUG